AUGUUUAGAAGCAAGAAUGAAAAUAACGUUUCUUAUACGUGUACAGUGAGGUUGUUGGAUGACUCCGAGUUACUGGAAUGCGAAUUUCAGGCACAUCAUAGAGGCAGCUACUUAGUUGAAUAUAUAUGUGAUCAAUUGAAAAUAAAAGAAAAGGACUACUUUGGAAUACGAUAUGUGGAUUAUUCGAAACAAAGGCAAUGGUUGGAUCUUGCAAAGCCAAUUUUGAAACAGGUCAAAGAUCUCGACCAAAUUCUGUUUUCGUUUCGUGUAAAGUUUUACCCUGCAGAUCCAUUUCGGCUGACAUAUCAUGGGCGCAUUAUGUUGUAUCAGCAGUUGAAACGAGAUCUACGACAUGGACGUAUAUAUUGCUCAAUAGGAGAAGCUGCAGCACUGGGAUCACUCAUUGUCCAGGAAGAACUUGGGGAUUACAACGAAGAAAUUCACAAUGAAAACUACGUUGCGUCAAUGAGCCUGGCCUUACGUCAAACGGAAUCACUUGAAAGAAAAAUUAUGGAGCUUCAUAAGAAACGUGUACCAGGACAAAACACCCGUGAAGUAAUAAAUGAAUUUUUAAGUAUUGUAAGCGGCUUAGAAACGUAUGGAAUAGAUCCCCAUCCUGUAAAGGAUCAUCGAGGUUCCCAAUUGUACAUUGGUAUCAACUAUUCCGGUAUAAGCACAUUUAUUUGCGGCAAACGUUCGCAACAUUUCCGUUGGAAUGAAGUGCAAAAAAUUAAUUUCGAAGGCAAGAUGUUCAUUGCUCAUUUAAGUUACACCGAUGCAAGUAGAGAAGCG